AUGCCAGGCACUUCCAGAGGGGGAUGGAGGGAGAAACAGGGAAUUCUAGGUACUUUCAGAGAGGGACACAGGGAAUUCCAGGCACUUCCAGAGGGGGACACAGGGAAUUCCAGGCACUUCCAGAGAGGGAAACAGGGAAUUCCAGGCACUUCCAGAGGGGGGUUGGAGAGAGAAACAGGGAAUUCCAGCCCCAACCGCCUGGAAUUCUCGGCUGGAGCCCCCCCCCGAGCUCUGCCCCCCUCCCUUGCCGAGGUGUCCCUGGAGUUGAAUCCCGGCUGGAAUGACUCCCUGUGCCCCUUCCCCCCCGCCCAGGUGUCCCUGGAGCUGAAUCCCGGCUGGAACGGCUCCCUCUGGAACGGCUCCUGGGUGAACGUGGUGCACGUGCGGGCGCAGGGCCCCCGGGCCACGCUGCACAUGGUGUGGGGCAGCCUGGGCGCUCCCUCCGUGCUCCUCGUGGCCUCGGGGAGCCCCCGGAGCCGCCUGGGCAUCGACUGGGCCCGGCUGCUGUCGCCGGAGCCCGCGGGGGCCCUGCGGAUCCACCCCCCCGGCAGCGUCUCCUACGCCGGGGCCGUCGCCUUCACCAAGGUCCGUGCUCUCCCCUCCCCGGGUCGCUCAGGGGUCCCCCCGGGGUUGCCGUGGGUGCCCGGGGGGUGUGAGCUGCGGUUGCAGCUCUCGGGGGUCCCUCCCCGCUCGAACGGGUCCCGGUUCGUGCUCGCCGUCACCGCCCUGGACGGGGGGGCCCGGCGGGAGCUGCGGCCCCGGAGGGACCUCGACGACGAGUUCGCCCCGGGAGUGUUCGAGACGCAGUCCCUGGUGGCCCAGUCCCAAUCCCAAUCCCAAUCCCAUUCCCCCAGACACAGUCCCUGGUGGCCCGAUCCCAAUCCCAAUCCCAUUUUCCCCCCCAGACACAGUCCCUGGUGGCCCGAUCCCAAUCCCAAU